UGUGUCGAUGACAGCUCUGACACUCUUCCCUUUCCCUCUUGGAAUUAGAAGACUGUUAGGACACAAAGUCUCUAUAGCACAUGGAAAAUGUGUGCUAAAUGAAAGCUUGAAGGCUCAUUGGUCUGCGCUACACCAAUUCCAUAAAGAGUUAAAGAGUUUUGCUGAGCCAUCACAGAAUGCUAUCAAAACCCUCUUUCAGUACGGAGGCCGCCUGCAGUUCCUGGUCUAUUCUGUUGCCCAGAUUUUCUUAAAGGGAAGUCUCUCCUCGUUCUCUACAUUUCCUGUAACAGAACACAACAGAAAGUCUGUCACCAUGUCUGAAAAAAAGAUGACCUCAAGCCGCCGGCACAAUCUCAAGAGUUUGGUGCUGGCUAUAGCUAAGGACCUGUUGGAAGCUGAGGAAAAGCAGUCAGCGGAGGACAGAGUUCAAUAUAUGGAGGAGAAAUGCCCUGCUCUCUCUCUGCCUGGCUCUAUGCAAGAACUACAGGAUUUUUGCAAACAGCUCCAUCAGAAGAUCGAUGUGGUGGAUGAGGAGAGAUAUGACAUGGCUGCCAAAGUGGCUAAGAGUGACAAAGAGAUUGAGGAUCUAAAGAUGAAGGUUCAGGACCUGAAAGGUAAAUUCAAGAAACCAGCUCUGAAGAAAGUACGCAUGUCUGCUGAUGCCAUGCUACAGGCUCUGCUGGGCUCCAAACACAAGGUGUCCAUGGACCUGAGAGCCAACCUCAAACAAGUCAAGAAAGAGGUCAAGGAGGAGGAUAAGGAAGCUGUGGGCGACUGGCGUAAGAACAUUGAGGAUAAGGCUGGCAUGGGUGGCAGGAAGAAGAUGUUUGAAUCUGAGGCUUAAACAGCAGCCAUUUCAGUUUUGGAAUUGUUGUUUUCUGAUGGACUUUCUGUUGCUGCCGCACGUUUUGCUGUCAAAAGGUGCUUCUGCAUUCAAACUAAACAUUCACCAAGACAAAAGUAACUAAACUUAUCAUAAAACUCAUUCAUACACAACAUGAAGGACUCAUGGACUCACCAUUGCAAAUAAACGUUGUAUAAGAAA